AUGGAUGAAACCGCCCCUGAGGGAAAAACAAAAUUUACUAUUGGAGAUUCUACAUUUAUAAUUGAUAAUCGCUAUGAAUUCCUCAAAAUAAUCGGCCGAAGUGCAUGAGGAUUUGCUGUUUCUGCAAUUGAUCACAAAAUAAAUUCAAGAGUUUCAAUCAAGAAGAUAACAACAGAAGAAGAUCUAGAUGAAGUAAAAAAUAUCCUUCGAGAAAUAAAGUUGUUGAACUUCUUCAACCAUGAAAAUAUAAUUAAAAUGUAUAAUAUAGAGUUAUACCCUGACACAAGAAAUUACAAUGAUUUAUACAUAGUUACUGAUUUAAUGGAAGCAGAUUUGCAUCGAGUAAUUCGUUCUGAAAUUGAAUUAACUAAUGAGCAUAUCCAAUAUCUUAUGUAUCAGCUCUUAAGAGGUGUAUUGCAUAUGCAUUCUGCUGAUGUAAUUCAUUGGGACUUAAAACCAUCUAAUGUACUAAUAAAUAGUAACUGCGAUUUAAAGAUAUCUGGGUUUAAACUUGCAAAAGAAUGCGGAAAAGCGGUAAAAAUAGAUGAGUGAAUCUGUGCAAGAUGAUAUAGAUCUCCAGAAUUAAUGCUGAAUUGCUCUGUAUUUACAAAAAAAGCUGAUAUAUGAAGUUGUGGAAGCAUUUUUGCAGAACUUCUUGGCAGAUCCCCAUUGUUUCCUUGUAAAGACUCUGUAGAUUUUCUAUGAUGUAUAACUCAGCUAUUAGGCACUACUUCACCAGAUGAUAUUUUCUUUAUUGACAGCCCUGCUGCUGAAACAUAUAUUGCUAAUCUUCCAGAUAAAGAAAAAACAAGCUGAUCUAGUUUGUAUCCUAAUGCAGAUCCGCUGGCGUUAGAUUUGCUUGAUAAAAUGAUAGUAAUUAAUCCUGAAAAAAGAUGGGCUGCUUCGCAUUGCUUAGAGCACCCUUAUUUUAAAGAUCUGCAUGACAUAGAAGAUGAGCCUCUUGCAAGUGAGAGCUUUAACUGGGAUUUUGAAAAUUGUGAACCAUCAAUAGGCGCAGUUAAAAAUUUGAUAUAUGAAGAAGCUUCAAAGUUCCAUCAUUAA